UUCAAAAGGUUCCUAACCUUCCACACCCUAUCCCCACUCAGUUGCUCCACUCCCUCACCGGGUACCCCCAAAGCCAGUGAUCAGUGAUCGCACAGCCUCCCCCCUUUCAAAAACGCUUCAAUCCAAUUUAAAGCAUACAUAUUGCAUUCAAGUGUAAGUUAAAAGACUCGCUACAAUAUGCACCAUAUUGCACAAUUUCAAGCUGAAAAAUGCAAAUGUUCCGUACCAAUGGGAGGGGGGUCCCCUCCUCCCACACGGUCGCUAUACUCCCUCGGGCUUGGUCUCUCGCAAGUUCUCACUCCCAACUCUCACCCAAUGUUGGCAUCCCUGACUAUUGUAGUAUUGGAUAGUUCAAUAGCAGAUGAUCGUUUUUACUGUAAUAAGAAACAGCUGUGAAAGGUUGUUUUGCAUACUGCGUUUCCAGCAUUUUCUAGUUUUAUAUAUAAUUAUAAAAACGAGCGCAGCUUUCAAUGCAGUGUUCGGGUGAAAGCUGGAAAUGGAUCAGAAAGAAACCAUUUGCAGGCAUGCGAGGAAUUGAUCGGCGAAUACCACGAAGCUAUUCUUAUCGUACCGACUCGACGAGCUAAAUGAGUUCGUCCGUAUUGGAACCAAUCUUGGGUUGCGACUUUUCUGCUGCUUGAGCAUGUGAUCGAUUCGAUUUCGCCGACAUUGCAACUCGAGUGCUGAAGGUGCGGAAGAAGGGUGCAGCUCGUCACAGCAAAGGUCCAAUAGCAAGGAUCUUUGGGUCACAGUCCGAAGCAAAGAUCUUAGAGCGAUAAGAUCUUUGGUCCGAAGCAAAGAUACUUUGGUCCGAAGCAAAGAUACUUUGGUCCGAAGCAAAGAUCCGCUCAAUGAUCUUUGGUCCGAAGGGAACAAUAAAUCGGAUAGGCUUUGGGUUGCAGGGAUUCGGCCGCCGUGAAUCGGGGCUGCCGGAAGCCUUGACGGUGAUUUUAUAAAGAGGAGAAUGGAGAUCCCCAGGCCGCACGUCUUUGCACUGCUGGUGUGUGUUUACUUGGACGUGAACUGGCACCGACAUUCAGCUGCCGCGUUCAACCAGCUGCCUUCAGCUGCCGCGCUCAACCAGCGACCCAUAAUUGGUGUUCUGGCUCAGGAAACAUUUGGGACUUUUGCAAAAUUUGGCUCUAGCUAUAUUGCUGCAUCGUAUGUUAAAUACCUAGAAUCUGCUGGAGCAAGAGUUGUACCCAUAAGUACUAAUCUGAGUGAAGCUGAAUACCGGAAACUUUUUUAUUCUCUAAAUGGAGUGCUUUUUCCAGGUGGUGCGGUAAAUCUCGAAACUUCACAAUAUUCCAAGAUUGCAUCUCUGUUUUAUGAUCUUGCCAUACAGGUCAAUGACAAUGGAACUCAUUUUCCAAUCUGGGGCACGUGUCUUGGAUUUGAAGAGCUGACUGUUAUUACCAGUAAAAAGAAACUUCUGAUUGCUACAAACACCCGUAAUCUGUCUCUUCCUUUAAAAUUCACCAAAGAUGCCGCAGGCAGUAGGAUGUUUAAGAACUUUCCAGAAAAUCUGAUGCAUGCGUUGGCUGUAGAACCAUUAACAGCAAAUUUUCACUUCUGGAGUCUUUCUGUUAAGAAUUUUACAAGCAAUCCAGAAUUGAAAAACUUCUACAAAGUCUUGACUACUAAUACCGACAACCAAGGGGUUGAAUUUAUAUCUACAAUGGAAGCACACAGAUAUCCAGUUUAUGGAAUUCAGUGGCAUCCUGAGAAAAAUCCUUAUGAGUGGGACCUGAAAAAGAACAUCCCACAUUCCAGCAAUGCUGUAAAAGUGGCAUGGUACAUGGCUGACUUUUUUGUUAAUGAAGCUCGAAAGAAUUGGCAUCGCUUUCCUACUGAAGCUGAAGAAGAGAGAGCUUUGAUUUAUAACUAUGCAUCAGUUUACACCGGCAAGAUCUCUUGCUUUGAACAGAUUUAUUUAAUUGAUAACCCCCAUCUCACACGAAGUGGGCUUUGAUAAAUAGAUCCUCAUUGUGCCUAAGUGGGGAGAACCCAUUUGAAAUUGUUUGGUUUUCCAACCAGAUAUAAAUCAGAAAAUGCCAUUUUAAUGUAAUCACUUGAUUCUAAUGCUUCCUGUAUCAAAAGGGUUCUGAUAACUUUGUGGCCAGGGUAGAAUAUAAUUUGAUAUUCUGUGGCUGGUGGCACUAUCAUGAUAAAACGAAUGAAUGUUAUAACAUAUUUGCUUUUACUUGCUUUUCCUGGCUGACUUGGGUCAUCUGGUGGAUGCAACAACUAUUUUUCUACAGCAGUGCAUAUUGGUGGAAGCACGGCAUCUUCACUUUAUUGAUUAGUGCGAGUUCCCAAGUGUAUGAAAUAAUAAGCUCCACAAGGAAUCUGGUUUAUAUCUUGGGGCUGAAAUUCCUCCAAUUUGUACUUUUAGUCAGUCAUGUAAAAGUCAAACGUGAUUCUCCAUUUUGUACUUGCCUGAACUCUAAAGGAAAUUUAUCUGAAGGGAAGUAUUGAAAUAACAUUGAAUGCAGACAAUCCCUGACUUGCACAAUAGGCGACUUGUAUAAACUCACACUUGGGUAAACAAUUCUCUGCUCCGUCCCUAGUGCAAUCAAAGCAGUUUGAAAUUUCCACAACUCUGUAUGAUCACUAGUUUACAUUAGAAUCAAGCUGGUAAUGGCGGCAGUGCCUACCCAGAAGGCCGCGUGCUGCAGAAAGUGCCUGGACAACUAGAUGGAACUCAAGCCGCCAAUGGUGGCGGUGUUUACCCAGAAGGCCGCACGCCGCAGAAAGUGCCCCGGACACCACAGAGACAGGUCAUAUUCUGUGAGUACGGACACAGAUUCAGUGAUUCCGACUUGCAUAAAAUCUGACUUGCGUAAGGGUUCACAGAACGUAAUCCUCGCGUAAAUCUGGGAAUGCCUGUACAUGAAGACCUGUCCCACUUGCGCGACUUUUUCGGCGACUGCCGGCACCCAUCAUAGGUCGCCGAAAAUUUUCAACAUGUUGAAAAUUCAGCGGCGACCAGAAAGACGCUACGACUCUUUGGGUGACUAGGAGACUACUCACGACCAUACAGGCUACACCCUGGAGACAUGUCGCGGGGUGAAGCCUGAAUGGUCGUGAGUAGUCACCCAAAGAGUCGUACCUUGUUCUGGUCGCUGCUGAAUUUUCAACAUGUUGAACAUUUUCGGCAACCUGUAACAACUAUGGCGGGUGCCGGCAGUCGCUGAAAAAGUUGCGUAAGUGGGACAGGCCCUUUACCCUUUCCCCAUUCCAGAAUGCUUGGGUGGAAGUAAACUGUCAUGUUCAGUGUUCCAAGGAUAGUGAAUGUCAGAAAAUCUAGCAAAUGCGUUUUAUAUUUGAAUGGAUGAGUAGAGAAGUAUGGGUAAUACCCAACUGAUGUCCUGCUGUGAAUCCUUCCAGCUGACUGUACAAAUGCAAAAUAUGAAUAUGUAAACUCUGUUGUUUUGGACAGAUUUGGACAGGAUAGAUUUUGUAGCUUGCAAGUGAAUGAUGUAAUCCAAUAUACAAAAAAUGCACCUUCUCAAUUAUAAACUAUAGCAUACCUUUGGCACAAGUAAGCGGCUGUCCCACUGCGGCAACCUAAUCUGCGAGUUUAGAAGAGUUUGCCCUCGACUCGUACUCGCAGCAUGGUCGAAAAGAGGUCCGAGGAGAUCCGAUAAGCUCACUGGAACUCUCCUUCAUGCUCGAGGGAAAUUCCCGAAUACUGGUGGCCUCAGCUAGGACGCGGAUAAUUUUACUGCAUGUUGAAAAAAAAUUCCGCGAGUAAAAUUUGGUCGGCACAGUUCUUUUUGACUCGUAGUGCAGUGGAGUGGGGUCGCUAUUUAGUUACAGGCAGUCGAGGGCAGCCGUAGGCAAUCUCCUUUGCUGACUGGGCAUUUUGAUUGGCUCAUUGGAGUUUUCAGGGUCAGGGAAAAUGCCCGCUAAACUUUAUUAUACAUCUUAAAAGUGUCUCCCCCCCCCCCCCCCCCCCC